GUCGUCGUCGUGUCCCUGUUCCUGCCCGUGCUCAUCACGCGCGACGCGAGCGGCGGCCUGGACGUGGCCUGGGACUACGAGAACCUGCUGUCGCUGGAGGCGCCGCUCCGCGUGACGCGCGUCGGCGUCGCGCGCGUCCCGGGCGACGCGACGGAGGACGAGAAGGCGGCGCUGGCCGCGCGGCUGCGCCGCGCGCCCUGGUGCUCCAUCGCCAUCUUCCUCGAGGAGGAGACCUUCCGCCUCUUCUACCACAGCUUCUGCAAGGGCAUCCUCUGGCCCGUGUUCCACGACUCGCUCGAGUCCGCGCCGCGCGGCCGCGUGACGACGAAGGACGAGCAGGCCUGGCACGCCUACAAGCGCGUGAACCAGAUCUUCCGCGACUACGUCGUCGAGGCCUACAACGAGGGCGACCUCGUGUGGAUCCACGGCUUCCAGCUCGCGCUGCUCCCCGCGUUCGUGAGCCGGCGCCUCACCGUCGCCAAGGUCGGCAUCUUCCUCCACACGCCCUUCCCGUCGUCGGAGAUCUUCCGCACGCUGAGCAUGCGCUCGGAGCUGCUGCGGGGCAUCCUCUCCGCGGACCAGAUCGGCUUCCACCUCUACGAGUACGCGCGCCACUUCAUGACGAACUGCCGGCGGCUCCUGGGCACGAAGUACGAGUUCGACGCGCGCGGCGCGGUCCUCGACGUCGACGGCCGCGACGUCGUCAUCUCCUGCGUCCACGCGGGCGUCGAGCCGACGGUGCUGAGCCGGGUGUCGGCGUCGCCCGAGGGCGCGCGCGCGUUCGAGAACCUCCGGGCCUCGCUGCCCGCGACCUCGCCGCGCGGUACCGCGGUCACGCGCGUCAUCGCGGGCAUCGACAAGAUCGAGCGGCUCCGGGGGCUGCCCCUGAAGUUGUUGGCCUACGAGCGCUUCCUCGAGGGCGCGGCGGCGCGCCGCGCGGCGGGCGACUUCGCGGAGGACGAGGGCGCGGGCGGCGACCGGACGUGUUUGGUGCAGUACGCGCUGACGUCCUUCGAGCGCCAGGCGGACUGCGACAAGAUCCGGCGCGACUGCCGCGUGCUCGUGGAGCGCAUCAAGGCCAAGCACGGAAACGACGUGCUCUACUGGCACGAGUUCUUCGAGGUGCCGAUCCACGACCGGCUCGCGCUCCUCGCCGUCGCGGACGUCUUCUGGGUCUCGUCCGUGCGCGACGGCCUGAACCGCUGGCCGCUCGAGUACGUGGCCAUGCACGGCGCGUUCGCGCAAUCGCACGCCGCGCGGCGCGGCCGCUGCGCGGGGCGGCGCGUCGGCGCGCUGCUGCUGAGCGACAACGCGUCGGCGACGCGCGUGCUCCUGGGCGCGGUCGCCGUGAACCCCUGGGGCGUCGAGGACUGCGCGGCGGCGCUGCGGAACGUGCUGGCGAUGCGGCCGCGCGAGCGCCUCGCGCGCCACGCCAAGGACGCGGAGUUCCUCCUGCGGUCGACGACGGCGAAGUGGGCCUACCGCGUGCUCCAGGACUUGAAGGCCAUCGCCAAGGACGAGAACCGCAUGCACGCGACGCACGCGGGUUUGGGGCUCGGCUUCCGGAUCCUCGGCAUGCGGUCGGGCUUCGACGCGCUCGCCGUGGACCGCGUCGCGCGGGCCUACCGCGGCGCGUGCCAGAACGAGUGCGCCGGCGGGUCGCGCUUGAUCGUGCUCGACUACGGCGGCACCUUGGUGCCCGACGCGGCCGCGGACCGGUCGCCGAAGCCCGCGCGGGACGUGGUGGUGGUCUUGGACGCGCUCUGCCGCGACCCGCGCAACGUCGUGUUCGUGGUGUCGGGCCGCGAGCGCGUCGACCUGCUCGACGGGCUGUGCGGCCGCGACGAGAACGCGAAUUUGGGGUUGGCCGCGGAGCACGGCUUCUUCGCGGAGCUCGUCCGCGAGGAGGACUGGGAUCUGGCCGUGCCGGCGCACGCGCGCCACGCCGACGACUGGCGCGCGCCGACGCUCGCGCUCAUGGACAUGUUCGCGCAGCGGACGCAAGGCACGUACGUCGAGACGCACGAGUCGUGCCUCGUCUGGCAGUACCGCGACGCGGACCCGGACUACGGCGAGAUGCAGGCCGCGGAGCUCGAGGCGCAGCUCCGGGUCGUGCUCACGCCCUUUGCGAGCCAGGUGUCCGUGCUCCGGGGCGAGAACCCGAGCCGCGGCGGCUACGUCGAGGCGCGGCCCGCGGGCAUGGACAAGGGCGCGCUGCUGCAGCGCGUCCUGCGGGCCCUCGACGCCGCGGGCCGGCCGGCGGACUUCGCGCUCGUCGUCGGCGACGACGCGUCCGACGAGCCCAUGUUCGACGCGCUCCACCGCUGGCUCGCGCCCGCGGGCCAGGCGCCGGCGCGCUUCAAGGGCCGCGCCUUCAGCGUCUGCAUGGGCAAGAAGCCCUCGGGCGCCGAAUCCUACGUCGACACGCACGACAACCUCGUCGAGCUGCUCCAGGCGCUCGCGCGCGUGUCGAACCGCGGCGCGCGCUACUACAGCAGCCACGACUUCUCGGAGCAGUACGCGCCGCCGCCGGCGCCGGCGCGGCCGCCGCCCGUCGCCGAGGGCGAGCCGGACUCGCCGCCGACGCCCGCGGAAAACGCGCCGGGCGCCGCCUUCGGCCGGUCGCUGUCCAUGCCCGCGUUCGCGGCGGUCAACGCGCCGCCGCGGCCCCGACGGGCGCCCAAGAGCAAGGUCCCCUCCUGGGUGAGCUUCCAGGACGCCUUCAAGCUCCCGGGCGUCGCCGCGCCCGGCGAGGCGCCCAUCCCCGAGGACUCCAACGACGAGAACCAGGAGGAGGACGACGCGGCCAUGUUCUUCUAG